CAUCCAUGAAGAUCUAGGAGCUAAGAUUACUAUGCACUUUUCUUCUAUCAAAACCAAAGCCAGUCGCUCAUUCAAAACAAUAUCCACCUUAACACAACCUUCAACAACGGGAACAUCUGGGCUUCACUAUUCAGACAACAACAAGUGCAGCAGCAAGAGAGCAGCAGAACAGAGCUUCUUAGCUCUGCUAGAGACCUGUAACUCAGUCCCUAAACUCACUCAAGUCCAUGCUCACCUAUUGAAAUCUGGUCUCCAAAACAACCCAUUUGUUCUCACCAAAUUCGCUUCCACAUCCUCCGACCUCAACAUUAUCGACUAUGCCGUCUCGCUCGUUUUCUCUAAUGCUCAACCCUGUUGCGACACCUUUCUUUUCAAUACUAUCAUUCGAGCCUAUGCUCAAACCAGCCAAGCCAAGCAUAAUGCCAUCUCUUCUUACCAACUCAUGCUUCGCUUGUCUGUCCCACCCAAUAAAUUCACCUUCCCCUUCCUCCUCAAAGCCUGUGCCGGCAUCCGCGACCUGAAUUUGGGCAGACAAGUUCAUGGGUCCGUCGCUAAACUUUGGUUCGAUGCCGACCUUUAUGUUCAAAACACCAUGGUUCAUAUGUACUCUUGCUGUGCUGGGGGAAUUGAGUUUGCUCGCAAGGUGUUCGAUGAGAUGCCCAAAUUGAACCCGGUGACUUGGACUGCGAUGAUUGGGGGGUAUGCACGUCUGGGUAGGUCUACAGAUGCUGUUGGACUAUUUCGGAGAAUGCAGAUUGCUGGGGUUAGACCCGAUGAGGUUACUAUGGUUUCGGUUCUUUCUGCAUGUGCUGAUCUGGGUGCUCUUGAACUUGGGAAGUGGAUUGAGUUUUAUGUUGAAAGAGAAGGGGUUACAAAGACAGUAGAGCUCUGCAAUGCACUCAUUGACAUGUUUACCAAGUGUGGUGAUGUUGAUGAAGCUGUGAGACUAUUUAGAAAGAUGAAUGAAAAGACAAUCGUGUCUUGGACUUCUGUGAUUGUGGGUAUGGCUAUGCAUGGUCGUGGUGCAGAGGCUGUUGCUUUCUUUGAAGAGAUGAAGAGAGAUGGGGUUUGCCCAGAUGAUGUUGCCUUCAUUGGGUUACUUUCAGCCUGUAGCCAUUCUGGGAUGGUUGAAGAGGGUCAACGUUAUUUUGACUCGAUGAGGUCUGAGUUUGCCAUUGAGCCUAAGAUAGAGCACUAUGGUUGCAUGGUGGAUUUGUUUGGCAGAGCUGGGCUUGUCAGAAAAGCCCUGACUUUCGUUCAAGAGAUGCCUAUUGAGCCAAAUCCCAUAAUUUGGCGAACCUUGGUUAAUGCUUGCCGGGUUCAUGGGGAGCUUGAACUUAGUGAGAGCAUCACUAAGAAGCUGAUAGGAACUGAGCCUAUGCAUGGAUCAAAUUAUGUCUUGUUAUCGAACAUCUAUGCGAAAAUGUUCCGGUGGGAGAAAAAAACAAAGAUUAGAGAAGUGAUGGGGAUGAGGGGGGUCAGGAAAGUCCCUGGAUGCACCAUGAUUGAGCUGAACAAUGAGAUCUAUGAAUUCACUGCAGGAGAUAAAACUCAUAGUCAGUACAAAGAGAUCUACAAGAUGGUGGAUGAAAUGCGGAGGGAGAUGAAGAGAGCUGGGUACAUCCCUACAACAUCUGAGGUGUUACUAGACAUUGAUGAGGAAGACAAGGAAGAUGCAUUGAAUAGGCACAGUGAGAAGCUGGCCAUUGCUUUUGCACUUAUAAAUACCACACCAGGGACCCCAAUCCGUAUUGUGAAGAACUUGCGUGUUUGUGAAGAUUGUCACUCUGCUUCAAAGUUUAUUUCCAAGGUCUAUAGUUGAGAAAUUGUGGUGAGAGAUCGGUACCGGUUUCACCAUUUUCGUGAUGGGUCAUGUUCGUGUAGGGAUUUUUGGUGAGCAUUUAGUAUGUUGUUAACUUCAAUACCAUACAGAUAUUAUCUGUAAA